AUGGGUGUCACGGACAGCUCUGAGCGCCAGAGCAUCCGCCCCCAUGGCUUAUCUUUGGACCACAUCAGUGUCAAGUUCACAGUCCAGGCCCCAGGGCAAGGGUCUCACCAGAGACUCCAGGCCUUAACGGCUCAUUUCCUCCCUGAAGUCCCACCCCCUUCCCCUCCCGUGACCUACAGCCCUGGGUGGCUGGGACUGAGCCACUGCGGGGACUGGUCCGACCACAUUCCGCUUCUCAGGAUAAAACCUGGCGGGGCCUUGGGGCAGAGUGCUCAUUUGACCGCCUGCCACCCGACUCACCUGCACAGCCCUUGGGUCCCUGGAGACCACUGCCUGGCCGUGCCCCACCUGCCUGCCAUGGUGGUUUUUAGAUGCCCCCCAGCCUGGGGUGGGGGCGGCCCCUGGAUCUUAGCUCUCCUGCUGUUUCUGUCCUCCGCAGCCAUCCUGGAUGCCGCCAAGAUGCCUGUGCCCCCAGCCUGUGGGAAACCGCGGCAACUGAACCGGAUUGUGGGCGGUGAGGACAGCGCGGACGCCGAGUGGCCGUGGGUUGUGAGUGUGCAAAAGAACCACAGCCACCACUGUGCGGGCUCGCUGCUCACCAACCGCUGGGUGGUCACUGCUGCCCACUGCUUCAAGGGCCACCUGAACAAGCUGUCUGAGUUCUCUGUGCUGCUGGGGGUCUGGCAGCUGGGCAACCCUGGCCUUCGUUCCCAGAAGGUGGGGAUCGCCUGGGUGCAGCCUCACCCUGUGUAUUCCUGGAAGGAAGGUACCCGAGCCGAUAUCGCUCUGGUACGCCUCGAACACUCCAUCCAGUUCUCCGAGCGGAUCCUGCCCAUCUGCCUCCCUGAUUACUCAGUCCAUCUGCCUCCCAACACGAACUGCUGGAUCGCAGGCUGGGGCAGUGUCCAUGAAGGAGUGCCCCUGGCCCACCCUCAGACCCUGCAGAAGCUGAAGGUUCCCAUCAUUGACUCGGAAAUCUGCAGCCGCCUGUACUGGAGGGGGGCUGGGCAGGAAGCCAUCACCGAGGACAUGGUGUGUGCUGGCUACCUGGAAGGAGAGCGCGAUGCCUGCCUGGGCGACUCCGGGGGUCCCCUGAUGUGUCAAGUGGAUGGGUCCUGGCUGCUGGCUGGCAUCAUCAGCUGGGGCGAGGGCUGUGCGGAGCGCAACCGUCCGGGCGUUUACAUCAGUCUCACGGCCCACCGCUCCUGGAUCCAGCGGAUCGUGCAAGGGGUGCAGCUCCACGGCCACGCGAAGGACAGUGGGGACUGGAGAGCUCUGCGGGGGACCUCCUAG